AUGGCGGAGGACGGUAAGAGAGUAAAAGUAGAAGCCGACGCUGUGGCGGCCGCGGUACUUGUGGAAUUCGCUCUUCAACCAUCCGGUUCGAAAAUCGACUUCAACGAUGCUCAAAUGGACAGCGAAGUUACAACAUGCUUGGAGAACAACCCCCAAAACACAAAGGAAGAACAAGGUAUGGAUCGGGUACAGGUAAAGAAAGAACCAGACAUAGCGAGAGAGUCAAACGGAGGAAACAUAGUUCAGGAACUAUUCGCAGAGGAUUCUCAAUACAGCAGUGGCCUAGGCCAGCCCCCGAGACACGCACUUACUGCACAUGUACGACCCCAGAGCGCGGAAAAUGACGACGACAGCCAAGAGUCUAGCGACACUGAGAAGGAAGACGAAGACGACAGUGAUUUCGAAUGUCCAGAAGAUGAGGAUAAGGAUACAAAGAAAAGUACCAAGGCUGCAACCGAGAAACCCUCUCAAGGGCGACCCCCGCCGGCAAAAAACGCUCGUGAGUUCAUUGCUAGGCUUCACAAGAAACAAGAUGGGGCGGCUCAACAGAAGCAAAAGAGCGGACACAAACAAGGCAAACGAAAGGGGGGGACUGCCAGUGGAAAUCCAUUCAAACGACCGAAAACUACAAAUGUUAGCUCCGAGUCGGAUCUAUUUGUCCAUCUCCCACAAGGCAUAGCGGGUGGAUUUGUUGAUGCUGAGCCGCUCGCCCCGGCAAUGCCCGAUAUUGAUGCCAGUACGCACCGAAAGCAGUUUGCGAAACUAAGAGACAUGAUUCCAAAAGAUGCAGACACGCGUCGAACUCGGACGCAGAGACGGGAUCUAAAGGAAGCAGCGAGGUUGUUUGGGUACAAGAAAGUGAAGGCAAUUGACGGGAAGUGGUUGCUGAAGGGGAUGGAAACCGCGCUCCACGGGCAUCAAAUAACCGCGGCAGCUUGGAUGGUGAAAAGAGAAUGCGCAAGAGCCGGCCCUUUUGGAGGGCUGAUUGCCGAUGAAAUGGGCAUGGGUAAAACCAUAACGAGCCUGGCUUGCGUCGUAGGGAACCCCCCAGAAGCUGAGGAUUUGACGACUUAUAUCUCGGGUACAUUGGUCAUUGUCCCGAGCAAAAUCAUUGCAGACCAGUGGAUGAAAGAGGUCAAGAAGCAUUGCAGUGACAGCGUCAGAGGUCUUGUCUCGUUUUAUUACUUCAAAGCCAGCUCACUGUCAGCCGCAAUAUGCGGUAGCCUAAAGAUGGUGAUUACGACAACGAAGGAAGUCAAAGACUAUUUCCAAAGGCAUAAGAAAGACAAGCUGGAUCAAGAAGAAAUACUUGGUUUGAAUUGGUACAGAAUUAUAUUAGACGAGGCGCACAGCAUCAAGAACUUGAAGAGUCUCACCAAGCAAUCUAUGUGUACUUUACGUGCGAAACACCGCUGGGCCCUGACUGGAACACCACUCUCGAACGCUGCCGAUGGUAAGGCAAAUCCAGUCUGCUCUGUCGGAGAGUUCGAAUCACUAAGUAUGUCAUCAGAAAUGAUACCGUAUCUGCAGUUCAUCGGACUCAAAAUAGAAGAAGCCGGCAAGAAGGCUUUUCGCAGGGAGUACAUGGACCAGAAUAAGGCAAAUGCAAAACUUGAGGCACUCAUUUCUACUUUUAUGUACCGAAGAACUAAACGUGACACGUUCCUCAGUCACCAAAUCCUCCCUAUUCCCGGCUGCGAGACACACAAUAUCUGGGUUCCACUGGCAGAUGAAGAGCAAGCCAUCUAUAUAUUUGUGAGAGAGUUGUGCUCAAGCUUCCCCGAGGGACAAGGCGAGACCGAAAUGCCCCCAUCGGCAGGUAGUAGCAAGACUGAACAGGAAGAAGAGAAGCGAAAAAGAAAGAGUGUGGACAUGAGACGUCUGAUUUCACAUCCAUACAACAUUGAGAGACUGUUACACCAGCUGGAGGAGGAAUGCCAAAUCCAGGACCUUCGCAGCAGGAUACAAGCCGUUGGGGGCCGCCAAACAAUUCUUCAACAGAUUCUCUCUGAAAGUGACGCAAAGUUAAGUCUUAUGCGCUAUCAAUCGGGGCUUGACCAGAUGGGAAAAUUCAACAAGGCCACGUUCGGAGGUCUCUUUGAGUUCGACGAACACCUUGCAGCCAUUCAGACAGAACUGCGCAUCAGGGACAGUUGGUGCAUCAAGUGCCUGGCAUCCAACCCGACAAUGCCAAGGAGAAUACCGGAGGUACAGUGA